AUGGAGACGGGAAGCUGGUGGCGGCGGCGACUGGGACCGCGGGGGCCGAGGUUGCUGCCAGCCGGGCAAUGCCUAAGCGUGGCGGAGCGGCCUGGGCGGGCAGAGCCUGGGGGAGCGCGGAGCCGGCCAGUGGCGCUUCGCCGGCGGCCUCUUCCCAGGUUCGCGGUAGGCCCGGGUUGUCGCGGGGAGAGCCCCGGAGCAGCGUCCCCGCCCUGCUCCCGUCGCUCCCGCCUCUCGCGACCCCGCGGCCCCUCAGCGCCCGCCCCCGGCUCCGCCCGCCGCCGCCCCUGCCCCUGGCGCUAACGGUCGGUAACGGCCCGCGCGCGCCGCCCGCCGGGGGCUCGCGCCAGCCACGAGGGAGCGUCCGCGGCCUGCGCGCCCGCGCGGCGGAGGAGAGGUGAUAAGUGUGAUGCUUCCAUAAUACAAUUGGAUGUUGUCAGCUAAGUUCACUUCUGAACUAAGGGGUUCCUCCACAUGUUGGCUGAAAUUUGUCCUUGCACAUCCCAAGGCUCGUCUGCAAAAUCUACAAUUCAUAAUGGAGCUACUGUACUGGCUAUUGGAAGGAGGAGAUUCUGAAGAUAGGGAGAUUCAGCCAUCGGUCUUUGAAAUUUCCCAUGAUGUGUUUCAAUCUAGAUGCAAAGGACAUGGAAAAAUCAAAGUGCUCAAGUGGUUUAAAUAUGUUUUGGAUGUUCCUGUUUAUAGGCUGCAAUAUUUUUCCAAUUAAAAUCCUCAGUUGUCAUGUAGAAGGUGGUUAAGCUCUUCUUGAUUGCCAAUUUUACUGAAAAUGCUUAGUAUUUUAUAGUAUCACUGAAUAUUUUUUGUUUUAGCUAAAGUAUAGGAAAAAAAAUAAAAUAAAUUGUAUAGGUUGACUUUUUUCUAAAAUGUC